UUAAGAACAGACAAAAUGGAAGCACCCACAACAGUCGAUACGGCGCCUAUAACUGGCGGUGUAGCUCCCACACGUGGACGCGGUGGUAUGCGUGGUUCGUUUGAACGGGGACGUGGCAGGGGUAUGGGUAGGGGCCAAUUUUCUGGUAUGGGAGGACCUGGUGGUUUCUCUAGCCGGGGUGGUUAUGGAGCACGUGGAGGCGGCGGUGGCAUGGGAGGUGCACCGAUGGGCUAUCCACCACGUGGUGGCUUUGCUCCCAGAGGAGCUCCACCGAUGCGCGGAGCUCCUGGUAUGGGUGGUCCAGGCGGAUACUCGGGCAGGGGUGGUUUUCAAGGAGCACCCAGGGGUGGACCACCAAUGCGAGGAACCGGACGUAUGCCAAUGUACACACAACAAACAUUUUUGGACGCUGCAGAGCCGAAACAACACACCGGUGUGGAUAACAAUAAAACUAUCUCACCGGUACAAGCAUCAGCUAAUAAUCAAGUUGUUGCCAUAAAGGAGGAUAAUGCGGCGGCCACAACGGAAGUUGCAGCCCCUGCUGCAACUCAGGAAGCAGAUCCCAAUGCAGUGGUGACGGCGUCAACUGCCCCCUUGGUUAGUAGUAAACCACCCCUAAUGGGUACAUCACCAAAUUAUCGUGGUCGCGGACGUGGUGGCCCUAGAGGUGGAGGUCGUGGAGCAUAUAAUCCACACAAUGGUAGCACCGGUGGUAUGAUGUCCAUGCAUGGUGGUGCUCCAAUGCAAGAACAUGGUGGUAUGGUGCGACGUGGUGGUCCACCAAGAGGACGUGGUUCAUACCAGGGUGCUGGUAUGACACGUCCCCCAAUGCACCAACAGACGCAUGCAUCUAACUCACAGUCUGCACCAAUGUCACUGAAGCGUGGAGCUCCUGGUGGUCCUCCUGGACCUAAACGUGGACGUUAUGAAUCUGGUCCAUAUUCUCAGAGAGCACCUGCGCCCAAAUAUCAUCAACCUCCACAUAUGGCCCAGCAACCAGCUGCUAAUUAUGGUGUCGCUCAUCAGCCAGCUCCACCACCACCACAAAGUCACCAUGGCUAUCCACCUCAUGUUGCAGCGCAAACAAUGGAUCCUUAUGCCCAGUCAUAUGCUGCUGCACCACAGGCCCAAACCACAUAUAAUGGUUAUGCGCAGACAUCAACCUAUCCCCCGGCACCAGCGCAUGCAACAACACAUCAGGCCAACAGUGCCUAUGCUGGUGGUGAAUACGAUCAAAGUCAAUAUCAAGGAUACAGUUCUACAUACGGUCAACAAGAUACCCGCUAUCAAACAUAUGGUCAAGAUUAUACACAACAGUAUGGUGCCCCAGCUGUUGAUUAUAAUACAUCUCAGGCAGAUUACUCCCAACAUGCGCAGCAAACAUACGAUGAACGCGCUUACGCCGGUUAUGACACGCAGUCAUAUCAGCAGAGUUAUUCAAAUGCGGGCUAUUAUUAAGUCAAAAAAUAUGGUAAUGGAAUUUUGAAAAAAAA